CCCGAACGUGCCCGAGUGCGGAUGGGCACAGCGGUCGCCGCGAAGCAGACUCGCGGCAUCGCACUAUUCCCGCAAUAGUACCUGCGCUCGCCUUCCACCAGGCACAAUGAAGCUGAACCUGGGCGCACUGGGCAACGUGGACCGCGCAGAGCUGAAGCGGGACGGGCUGACGCUGUUCAGCAAGCUCAUCCGCACCAAGAAUGUGGAGUCGAUGCAGGGCGACGCGGCGCCGGCCACCAAGGGCGCCCCCGCCGUCGUCACCACCCACUCCGACGCCGACCACCCCGAGAAGAAGCUCAAGCUCAAGAAGUGCCUGACCACGCUGGACCUGACGUCCCUGGGAGUGGGGUCCUGCGUGGGCACCGGCAUGUACCUGGUGGCCGGCAUGGUCGCCAAGUCCGUGGCCGGCCCCGGGGUCAUCUUCUCCUUCAUCAUAGCCGCCAUCGCCUCCAUCUUCUCUGGCGCGUGCUAUGCGGAGUUCGGCGUGCGGGUCCCGCACACGACGGGGUCGGCCUACAUGUACUCGUACGUGACGGUGGGCGAGCUGGUGGCGUUCGUGAUCGGCUGGAACAUGGUGCUGGAGUACCUGAUCGGCACUGCCGCCUGCGCCUGCGCGCUCUCCGCCUGCCUGGACGCCCUCGCAGGGGGCGCCGUGUCGCGGGGAGUCGCCUCCAGCGUGGGCACCAUGUUCGGUCGGCCGCCGGACUUCCUGGCGUGCCUCAUCACGCUGCUGAUGACGCUGCUGAUGGCGGCCGGCGUCAAGAAGUCGCUCAUCUUCAACAACGUGCUCAACGCCAUCAAUCUGGCCGUCUGGGUGUUCAUCAUGUCGGCCGGCCUCUUCUACGUCGACGGCCGCAACUGGUCCGAGCACAAGGGCUUCCUGCCCUUCGGCUGGUCUGGGGUGCUGACGGGGGCGGCGACCUGCUUCUACGCCUUCAUCGGCUUCGACAUCAUCGCGACGACGGGCGAGGAGGCGACCAACCCGCGCCGCUCCAUCCCGCUGGCCAUCGUCGGAUCGCUCAUCGUCAUCCUGAUCGCCUACGUCACCUCCUCCAUGAUGCUCACGCUCAUCGUGCCGUACAACAAGGUGGACGCCGACUCGGCGCUGGUCGAGAUGUUCGGCCAGGUGGGCGCCUACAAGUGCAAGUGUAUCGUGGCCGUGGGCGCGCUCGCCGGACUCACCGUCUCCAUGUUCGGCUCCAUGUUCCCCAUGCCGCGCAUCGUCUACGCCAUGGCCCAGGACGGACUCAUCUUCCGGACACUGUCUCGCGUGUGGCAGGCCACGGGAACCCCAGCCAUAGCAACCUUCAGCUCUGGGGUAGCCGCUGCGUUGGCAGCCCUGCUCAUCCAGCUUGAGGUGCUGGUCGAGAUGAUGUCCAUUGGGACGCUGCUGGCGUACACACUGGUGUCGACGUGCGUGCUCAUCCUGCGCUACCAGCCGCACUCCACCAACCUGGUGGAGCUGCUGCCCCAGUCGCUGCGGACGCCCAUCCGCGGGUCGCCCACCAAGGAGAACCUCAGCAACGGACAGGUGCUGUACGGAAACCAGCUGCAGCCGGACCAGCUGCGAGCGGCGCUGGGAGGCAGCGGGGGCGGCGUCGGUGGCGCCACGACGCUGGGGGCGGGCGUGGGUGUGGCGGCGCCCGGCGUCGGCAUGGGCGGCGUCGGCGUGUUGGGGCAGCCGCCCCUCUCGCACCACGGCGCCCACCACCAGCGCGUCAUGGUGCGCCGCGUCACCCGCAGCUCCCCGGACAGCGACGACACGUACCCGGGCGAGGAGCCGGAAGAGGAGCUGUCGAUGCGCGACGAUCAGUUCCUGGUGUCCGACCGCAGCGAGAACAAGUUCUACGGAUCGCUGCACGGCGCCGGCGGGGGCGGCGGCGGCGGGGGCGGCCUGGGGCUCGGGCUCGGCGGCGGCUCCGGCCUGGGGGCGGGCGUGUCCGCCCCGGGCCUCGGCUACAUCGGACGCCGCCUCCACGCAGCGACGUACCUGUGCCCGGCCAUCUUCCCCUGGGUGGAUACGGGCCCGGCCACCGAGGAGUCGGGCAUGUUCGUGAUGAAGAUGGUGGGCGUACUGUACGUGCUCAUCCUGAUCUUCGACAUCAUGGUGGCCGCCUCCGGGGGCAGCGGCGGCUCCUGGCUGGCUGCGGCACUCUCCAUCACCAUGUUCGCCAUAAUCGGCGUGCUGCUCGCUAUCUCGAGGAAGCCCCAGAACAGGAAGACGUUGCUCUUCAUGACACCAGGCUUGCCAUUUGUGCCAGCUGUGGCUGUCACUGUCAACAUCUACCUCAUCUUCAAGCUCUCCAUCCUCACACUGGUGCGCUUCACCGUCUGGAUGGCCAUCGGCUUUGGUGUGUACUUCUACUACGGCAUCAAACAUAGCACACUGGAGGAGGAAGAGCAACAGAGACUCCGUGAAGAACAAGAGGAGGAGGAGCCGCACUCCGUGUCCGGCAUCCAGGGGGGCGCCGGCGGAGGCUCCGACACCGGGGGCGGCAUCGAGAUGUCCGUGUCGCCCGCCAGGCAGACACCCCAGGUGCCGGUGCAGACCGCGGGCUCUGCACCCGUAGCGGCGACUGGCAGAGCCUCCGACCUGUUCGUUCCGCCGACUCAUUUCCCCACGUGGGACGACUGAGACGGUGGCCGUCGUGGAGGCAGGACCGUAGCAGCUGGGGUUCGGGGCCCUGCUCUGACGUGCCACGGACCGAGCGAGUGGUGAAUGGCGAGUGAGGUGAACGGCAGCUGUGGCGGGCGAGACUGUGGGGGCGGUUUGACCGGUGCCCGGGUUCCCGGUGCCUGCUCGCGUAUGGGGUCAGUGACAAGAUGGACUGUGUGGAGUGUGGCGGCUGGGGAGUCUACAGACGUCAAACGGUGCACGGAAAAUUCCCUUCUUCGGUCUGCAGACAAAUUGGCUGAAGCGGCCCGGACAACUGUCUCGUCACGUGAAGCAGUGAUCGGCAGUGAAUUUGACUGUCAAACGACUGCAAAUUCGCCAGUUACUUAGCUGACAUAAAGGCAAUAUGAACAGCUGUGAUGCAGCAUGGAGGAUCCAUUUUCGUGUGUCAGGGGACGGGUCUAGACUCCACUGUCCAGCUCCUUUUCUGAGGAACAUCUCGGGUUGUUGUAACUGGAGUAUUUCCUAGCAUUUACUGCUUGAUUUCAGUCAUCCGACCUUUCUGUGAUGUAAAUGUUGAGACCUUACACUCAUUCGUAAUGAAAGCUACUGAUAUGCUUGUGCAACUGUGUUUUGUGUAGAGGUGUUCAGUUAUGCCCUGAUAUUAAUUUCCAGAACUUUUUGGCAAUACAGUUAGAAGAGGUAACAGCACCAAAACUGUCCAUGCAAAACACCUCAGAGUGCAGGAAUGGGACAGUGUUGAUGGUGAUCUGCCCAUCACAUUGCCACAGCCUUUCUUGAUGAGGUGACACUUUUCCCAUUGUCUCUCACUGCCAUCAACAAUACAAAAACAACAAUAUAU